AUGAUGGGUACUGUGGGAGGGGCUACAGUAAAGAUGGCAGCGUCCUCUUCAGCAGGACGCGUCUUGACUCUUUGCAAGCAGUUUCAUAAUGUCUUCAGGAUCUCCUCAGCGAUAAAUACUCAGCAAUGUUCCGCUGCUUUGACCAAAUACCAGCCUCACCUGUACAGGGGAAAGUCUCCGCUCGCUGCCCUGUCUUGGUGCAGUCUCACCAGCCCUGUGGCUCAGUGUCGAGCGCUGCACACAACCGUCAGCAGGAGAGGGCUGGAAGAGUUCUAUGACCUCCCGGAGAACUGGGGAGAGCCCAGCGUGAAGUCAGGUGCACCGUGGACUGCCAAACAACUGAGAACAAAGAGCAAUGAAGAUUUACACAAACUCUGGUAUGUGCUGCUGAAAGAAAAGAACAUGCUGCUCACACUCGAGCAGGAAGCAAGAAGGCAAAGGGUUCAGAUGCCGAGUCCAGAAAGAACAAGGAAGGUUGAGCGGUCGAUGAUCAGACUGGAGACGAUUGUGCAGGAGAGGGAGACUGCACUGCGACUGCUGCAGACAGGACAGGAGAAAGCCAGACCAGGAGACUGGAGGAGGAACAUAUUUGGAUACACCUACUGGUAUCGCUUCAAAGAAUACGCUAUUCCUUGGUACAUGAACAGACGGUAUAAGCGAAAGAGGUUCUUCACACCCAAGUUUGUCCAACCACACAUAAGGUUGCGCAUAGAGAAGCAUCUUCGAGAGAAAGCCAGGAAAGCCGGCUUAAAGAGUGAAACUCAGUCCAAACUCAAGGAGAAGUUUCCUCAAAUGAAAGUUUCCGCAUCAUGAAAUUUGAAGAGCACAUUUUACAAUUAAGGAGUUUUUGACAGUAGACAGGCCUUCUCUGCUGAGUUAAUAUGAAUACUCAAGAAUGAGUCAGCUCAUGUCAAAUAACUGAAGGUGGUCUGAAACUGUUGUUCUAUGUCGAGUAUGAAUCUAUUUGUCAAGCUGUUAUUUGAUCCUAGAAAAUAAAUUAUGCUACAUCACCCUGA